UUCUAAAUCCCACAAAAAUCUCUCUCGUCCAAACUGGGGACGUUUCAAAGGGGUGGGGUGAGAGAAAGAGCGAGAAGCGAGGAAGGGAAGAAAAGGGCAAAGGAAAAAAAAAAAAGGGAAGAAAAAUCCGGGGCUAUAAAUUCGUCCGGGCGGUGCGACCCACACUGGCUCCACUCGCUGCGAUCUCAGGGCGAAGGGGGGAGAGCGAGAGGGAAGGAGAGGGGAAGGAGAUUUGGGGAAUCUCGGAAGAUCCAUUAAAUCUCUUCUUUUCUCGUUCCAGGUUUGCGAUCGGCAGGGCUCGGGUUUAGGGUUUGCUGGAAGCCGAUCUGAGGGAUCCGGGAUGGGCGGAGCCAUGGAAUUCGGGUCUUCGUCUUGUGUGAGCGUAGAACUCAAGGUAAUUAUCGGGUUGCUCUAGGGUUUUCACUAGGAUGGCUGACGGGCGCAUGAAGGCCGUGGUGGACGAUGACAGCAGCGUGGAUGGGGAUGAUGAGAUCGGAAGGGCGGAUGAAGAUGAGGAGGAGUACGAUGAACUAGAAUUAGAGCUUUCCAUCGGGAGGUGGGGAUGGAAGGGAGGGAUGCCGAUGGAUGGAGGAAGGAGGGAAUGGUUCCCUCAGUGGGACCAAAACGUCGGGAGCUCGCGGUUCUUUGAGAGGCAGGCUGCUGCGAGGCAAGCUUUUCCUCACAGGCAGCCCGUUGCUGAUCCUGCGCUGAGAUUUUGGGGAGAGGAUCUGGUGGCAACGCCAUUUGCGCGGGUGGGAUCUGCAGGUUUGAUCCGAUUGGAUGAUGAGACCAUCUCGGAGACGGAGAGGGCCAUGUCUGAUAGGGAAAGAGACAACCAGCACAAGCGGCCUAAAGUUCUUGCCUCACCAGAGGCUUGCGAUUAUGCUGCUGCAUCUUCCUCAGGGGCUGAAGCAUCUGCUCCACCGGCAACCAGGGAGUACACAAUUCAAAGCUCGCCAGUUCUAUCUGAUAUUGAGAUGGCUUACUACUUAAGCCUCUUUUCAAAUGAUGAUGGUAAUGGAAAACCCAGGGAGUCUAAUGAUGGAGGAAGUGCUGAUGGAGGUGGUACUAGAAAUAUUGAGGAUGUAGAGGUUAGAAUGGACCUUACAGAUGAUCUAUUGCACCUGAUUUUCUCCUUCUUGGGCCAAAAAGACUUAUGUAGAGCUGGCGCAACUUGCAAGCAGUGGCUAGCAGCUAGUACACAUGAGGAUUUCUGGAGGUGUUUAAAGUUUGAGAAUACAGGGAUCUCUCAGCAGAAUUUUGUUGCCAUUUGCCGGCGAUAUCCAAAUGCUACUGAAUUGAAUAUGUCUGGCAUUCCGAAUGCUGAUGCGCUUGUUGUGGAAGCAAUGACUUCUCUUAGGCGUCUUGAAACUUUAAUCUUGGAAAAAGGGCAGCUGGGCGAUGCUUUUUUCCAUGCUUUGACAGAUUGUCCUGCAUUGACCAAUCUGAAAAUUUCUGAUGCCUCUCUUGGAAAUGGCAUUCAGGAGAUAACUGUGUACCAUGAUAGGUUGCGCGACCUUCAGAUUUUAAAGUGUCGCGCUCUCCGUAUUUCUGUCAGAUGCCCUCAGCUUCAAACUUUAUCUCUGAGGCGCACCAGUAUGGGUCAUGCCUUGCUUAGUUGUCCUCAAUUACAUGAAUUGGAUUUAUCUUCCUGCCACAAGCUAUCUGAUGCUGUGAUUCGAUCAGCUGCUACAUCAUGCCCUUUAUUGGCAUCAUUAGAUAUGUCGUCUUGCUCAUGUGUUAGUGAUGAAACGUUGCGUGAAAUAGCUUUUGCAUGCCCUAAUCUCUGCGUUCUGGAUGCUUCAUACUGUCCAAACAUCUCAUUUGAGUCUGUGAGACUGCCAAUGUUGAUAGAUCUAAAACUUCAAAGCUGUGAAGGCAUAACUUCAGCUUCAAUGUCUGCAAUAUCUCAUAGUCAUAUGCUAGAGGCGUUACAACUCGAUAACUGUGGCCUACUAACGUCUAUCUCAUUGGAUCUGCCACACUUGCGGAAUAUAAGUCUUGUACACUUACGCAAAUUUGUGGAUUUAAAUCUGCGGAGUCCUGUUCUUUCGUACAUAAAGGUUUCUAGAUGUUCAGCCCUCCAUCGGAUCAGCAUAGCAUCAAAUUCUCUUCAGAAACUGGUAUUGCAAAAGCAAGAAAGUUUGGCUACAUUAUCAUUGCAGUGUCAGAACUUGCAAGAAGUGGACCUCAGUGAUUGCGAAUCUUUGACAAAUUCAAUUUGUGAAGUUUUUAGUGAUGGCGGUGGUUGCCCAAUGCUCAGAUCAUUGGUUCUUGACAACUGCGAGAGCUUAAGUAUGAUAGGACUGAACACUAGCUCUCUGGUCAGCCUGUCACUUGCUGGUUGCCGUGCUAUGACUUUUCUUGAACUCUCAUGUCCAAAUCUUCAAAAAAUAAAUCUUGAUGGAUGCGAUCAUCUUGAAAGAGCAUCAUUUUGUCCCGUUGGUCUUGAAUCACUCAAUCUGGGGAUAUGCCCAAAGCUAAGUAUUCUUCAGAUUGAAGCUCCAAAAAUGUCAACUUUGGAGCUGAAGGGCUGUGGUGUGCUGUCUCAAGCAUCCAUCGAUUGCCCUUUGUUGACAUCUUUGGAUGCUUCAUUUUGCAGGCAAUUAGUGGAUGACUCACUGUCUAUGACAGCUGCUUCAUGCCGUCGUAUCGAAACUCUAAUCCUGUCAUCCUGCUUAUCAAUAGGAUUUGGUGGGCUGUCAUCUUUGCAUUGGCUUCGACGUCUGACCCUAUUGGAUUUGUCAUACACUUUUUUGAUGAACUUACAGCCUGUUUUUGAUACUUGUUCGCAGUUAAUGACCCUAAAACUUUCAGCUUGCAAGUACCUUACUGACUCGUCUUUGGAUGCUCUCUAUAAAGAAUGUGCGCUUCCAGCCCUUUGUGAGUUAGACUUGUCAUACUCAUCCAUUGGGCAGUCUGCGAUAGCGGAGCUACUUUCUUGCUGUACGAAUUUAGUUCAUGUGAACUUGAAUGGUUGUGGGAAUAUGCAUGAACUUGUUUGGGGUUCAAAUGAUUUCCUUUCAUUGGAGAUGCCAGAUGAUGUUUGCCCAUCUAACCUGAUGUUCUUGAAGAAAGAAAACAAGGCUUUCAGAAAAUCUGAGCAUUUGCUCGAGACUCUUAACUGUACUGGAUGUCCAAACAUUAAGAAAGUUCUCAUUCCUUCUAUGGCUCAUUGUUUUCAUUUAUCUAAAAUAAACCUUAAUUUAUCCACAAAUCUGAAGGAAGUGGAUCUUGCAUGUUUCAAUCUCAGCACUCUAAAUUUGAGCAAUUGUAACUCCUUGGAGAUUUUGAAGCUCGACUGUCCAAGAUUGACCAACCUCCAACUUCUGGCUUGCAACAUGCUGGCUGUGGAAGAUGUAGAAGUUGCCGUAUCACACUGUACUAUGUUGGAAACCCUCAAUGUCCACUCCUGUCCAAAGAUAAAUGUUGAGGAUGUUGGGAGAUUACGUAUGGUGUGCCCUAGUCUGAAACGCAUCCAGAGCGGCCAACCAAUGUAGUGGCAUUAAUGCUUUUGUAAUAUUCAUUUCUCUUGCAGCUGGUAUUUAAAAAACUAGUCUUGUGGAGUUCUGAUAUCGUAAAAAUGACCCAUUGGUGCUUUUGUUGUACAUACACCAAGUGGCAUUGCUUCUUGUUUGUUCCUGGCAGCUUUUUUGCUAAUGUGAGCGCGUGGUAGCUUGUAGAAGAGCCAUACGCUCGUGUGCGAACCAAAUGCAGUGGCAUCGUUGUGUGUGGUUAAUAUAUUGAAAAUAAUUGUGUAGUUGGAUCUGAAUUGAUGGUCUGUGGCAUGUAAGAUUGUGCUCAUUCA